GGCAGUACAAAACCACCACCUUCAACACCACCCUUUUCCAGGCGAAAGCCCACUCUUCAAGAUCCGAUAAGAAACGGAGACAGGCACAACUUUUCAACCCAGCAAACACCAACAAACUCUUCUUAACUCAAGAACGAGUUCAGCGAUAAACACACUUGAGCAAUGGCCGAUGAACUUAAGAAGGUGAGAAAGGAGUUUGUGGGUAAUGUCUCCAUGCCAGUCAUCGAUCAGAUUCUGGACGAUCUUUUGGACGACGUCUUGAAUGCCGGGGAACGGGAGGCAAUACUUGAGGAGAACAACAGCAAAACAAACAAGGCUCGUAUGCUCAUUGACAUUGUGAGGAACAAAGGUGAUGAUGCAAGCUGGAAGAUGAUUGCCUCCCUUGAAGAAAAUGACCAACGGCUCUUUCAGACAUUGGGCCUCCCCGCUCAGCCAGGCGCCUCUGAGGUGGAACGCAUCUGGUCACCUACACUCAUCAACUGCCAACAGAAAUUCUGGAAUUCAAAAAAGAAUGAUCGAAAGAUUUACCCCGUGACUCCAAAGUCCAUCAAGAGUCGUGUGGCCCUGCUCAUCACCAAUAUUAAAUUCAGGGUUGAAAGGUUAAACAGAGAUGGAGCAGAGGCAGAUGAGCAGAAAAUGGAGAGGUUGUUGCGGGAUUUGGGUUACGACGUAGUCAAAUAUACAAACCGUACAGGAAAGCAAAUAGAUCAGGCCGUCAUUGACUUCUCCAAGCAUCCCAAACUCAAAGACACAGACAGUGUUUUUGUGGUGAUCAUGUCACACGGGAAACUGGGACAUGUUCUUGGUGUCAACUGGCACGAGGACCAAACACUGGAGGGGGCCGACGAGGAAGAAGAUUUGUUCCCCAUUGAUAACAUUUUCAAGCAACUGGCCUCAGACAAGUGUAAAGCACUGCUGGAUAAACCCAAGGUCAUCAUCAUCCAGGCCUGCAGAGGAGAGGAGACAGGGUCAGUGCUCAUCAAGGAUGGUGCACAGAAAGGGCUGGCAUGUGAUAACGCCGCAGCUGCUGACGACAACAUGGUGGAUGAUGGGCUGCGAGCUGUGCACAAAGAGAAAGAUUUCAUUGGUCUUCUCUCCUGCACCCCUGGUACUGUGGCAUACAGACACUCAGUGAAUGGCUCUGUCCUUAUUAAGUAUGUUGUUGAAGUACUGAACACUUCCGCAUGUGAGGAACACAUUGAGGAGCUUUUCACAAUGGUCUCGCAACGCUUUGAAACGUUUGUCUCUGUGAACAGAGGACAGAUGCCAAAUAAACACAGAGUGUCUUUGACAAAACACUUCUACCUGUUCCCAGGCAUCUGAGACCUAAUUGUUUUGUCACUCAACACACUACAUUAUUACAUUUGGGCGUGGUUCUAUUCUUGUAAAAUGAUUUAAUCAUUUAAAUACUUUUUUCCUACCAGCUUUUUCAGUGUUUGUAAGACGCUGGACACUGCUAUCCCUAAAGCAGAUGUCGGUAUUUUUUAAUUACAGUAAAUAUUAAAGUACGUAAUUAUACAUUUAAUCAAAUGCAUGCAAUCCUCUAUCGAUAGUAUGUCUCAUGUCCCUGAUAAAGCAUUCACUAGCAAAAUAAACAUUUCAUUAUUAAAGAUUGUGUUGUCUUUC